AUGAUGUCUACCAAGAGAAGUCAGACCCAGAAGAUGAGGCUGCCUACAUUUACUCAAAAGGUACCACUGGAGGUGCCAUCCCCAACAGAGAAGGACUGGUCUAAGGAUAACAUAGAGGAUUAUGUCAUCAAGGACCUAGAUGAGGGGGUGAAUUCCCUACCUCAACCUUAUCGAAUGAUCAAUAAGCUGGUGAAUCUUGUGUUUGACUUGGCAUGGGAACUUAUUGAAGAGAGGGAUACCUUGAAGGAAUCUGAGAUUGAUUGCAUCCAGCUCACUAACUACCCUCCACUGACAGAAGUCCAGCUAAACAAAAUGCCCAAUUGUAUGGCUAUUUCCCAAGACUAUGUAUUUAUUGGAGUAGGCAAAGGAUUCUUCAUCUAUAAUCUGUACAAUACUAAACGAAUAUGUACUUGGGAGAAACUUAAGGUUGAUGUCACCUCCAUCUGGGCCACAGAUUUAGGAAAUGAAAUACUGAUUGCUCUCCUGGAUGAAAUGGGUAUCAUUAGACUAUUUUACUUUUAUAAGGAUAGACUUUUCCUAAUCAAAGCCAUCAAUGAAGUGGAGGAUACCAGCAAGCAUAACACCUGUGUAAAGAUGGCCAUCUCUCAGGGUGGGGACUUUGCAGCCUUCCUCCUACAAGGAGUUGGAGAUGUUUGGCUGGAUGUGUAUAAGUUGCCCAAGGAGUCUUGGCUCAAGGAAGUGGAGCAUCCUCAAGUCACUUCAAAUGCAAAGAAAAAAGCCAGACAGACGCAACUGAACUCUGUCGAUCCCACUCCUAUAGAUAACUUAGAAAUGGAUAUGAACAUUUAUUUUAGAGGUGAUAUUAAGUUGAGUUUUCCAGUUCCCAUAAUGAAGAUCAAACCACCUAAACCUAUAACAGGCACAACAUUUAAAAGUCCUCUGGAAGUCUUUGCAAAGGUAGAAGACUGCUAUGGGCUGGGUUCUGGGCAGAAUCACUUCAUCAAGGAGAGUCAGUGGGAACACCAAGCAGAGAUCUUCUACACCUCCUACAGGAAGUUCCUGGAUGGGGAAUGGGAGGAGGAGCCACUCAGUUCGGCCACAUUCCAUUUCCUUCUUCCCAGCUGCCUCACUGCAAUGCCAGCAGAAGUCAGGAGCCCCUCAGGAGUAGCCUGCAUCCUUGGCAUACACUGGACCAGACAUCACAACUUCUUCCUCUAUUCACUCAACCGAACUCUGAAGGAUAAAGCUGACCCUGAGGGUGUGUGGCCCUGUGCUGCGCCCAUUGUCAUCUCUCAGCUCAGCAGCUGCUCCUCCUACCUGGUGCUGGCCUGCGAGGACGGUGUGCUCACCCUGUGGGACUUGGCUGAAGGACGGAAAAUGUUUCCCGAGGGACCAGUGAAAUCCCAGAUGAAAUGUGUGGUGCUCUGCACAGAUGCUUCCCUCUAUCUGGUGGAGGCCAGUGGGACCCAAGAACCUACCAUCAGUAUGCUUGUUGAGAGGCCCACAAAGCAUAUAGAUAAAGCCAUCUGUGCAGUGGCCCCAGUCCCAACCUUACCUGGCAUGGUGCUGAUCUUUUCCAAGAAUGGCUCUGUGAACCUCAUGGAUGUGACCAAGGCUGAAGUCAUCUGUGCCUUUGCUCCCCCCAGAUCCUACCAUCUGGAGGUGCCCUGGGAGCCGUUAUUUGUUGUGUCUUCACACCAUCCAUGUUUCCUGCUCCAUGGGGGCUGUCCAGCUGAAACUGAAGCCACCACAGAUAACUCCAGUGACCCUUGGAAUUCUGUAUUCUAUUUCAAUUUUGAGACCUAUCCACUCCUGGAAAACAUCUCCAAAAACUGCACCAUUCCUCUGAAAGACUUGAUAGAUGACAAGGUGUUCUCCCGAGUGCUGCCAUUGGAGGAAAGAUGCCAGCAUUUCCUCCAGAAGAGCUUCCAGACACUGAAGAAGAACCAGAUGAAAGGACAUGAUCACUGGGCCCGACUUCGGAAGUACUCCUUGAUUCUCCAGAAAGAGAACCCCAAGAAAUUCACUCCAGGGACUCUCUGA